GUAUUUUAUCCUGUUUCGACACUUAGUCUAACUUGACCUAAUGAUAACACUAAAGUUAACAGUGAUAAGAAACAAAACAAAAACAAAGAUAAUGUGUCUUUAAUAGCUCUAUAUAAGUGUGAUGGCACCAAUUAAGCAGCCAAAAAGAGAUUCAAAUCUUUGGCAUAUAAGCUCCAAGGAACAAGGGGAAGACAUCAACUUGCAAAUAUCGGUUCUCUGCAAAGCAACAUUUUGCCUUUUGGUUAUCCGUAUAUCAGGCAAUAUAUCAGGCAAAAUGGGAGAAACAGUAAAACUGAAUGUAGGGGGAACAGUGAUGGAAACGAGCACUGAAAAUUUGGAAAAACUGGGGCUAUCAGCAUUGCUAUCCCAGAAGGCAUCGAAUGAUGGAGCAAUAUUUAUCGACCAAGAUUCAAACAUGUUUAAAGUGCUACUGACUUGGGCAAGGGUAGGCGUGUUAGAAGUCCCAGAGGGGGUAAUGACUGUCAAGCAACUUGUUGCUAUGGCGAAAUCUCUAAAAGUCAAUGAAGAUGUCAUGCAUGCCAUUAAUGAUCACGCCAAUCAUAUUAACUCCAAACAAUAUAUCAAAGAAAUAGAAAAUAGGCUUGAUUAUGAUAUGAAAGAUGAUAUAAAAGACCCUCAUGUUGAUCUAGCACACCAUAAUAUAAUCGAAAUAGAGCACAAAUUUCUCAGACGAGAUUGUAAAGACACACGCUUUUGGAACAUGGUUAACAUCUCUUGCAUUCGACAUUUCAGCCACAUUCGUGAUACUCCAGACAUAAUGACCCAUUUUAAAGGGUGUAAAAAUAAAAUAUUUGUCUACAAAUAUGAAAUGAAGAACAUGAGUGUUGAAUGCAAGAUAUGUAGACGGGAAUUCCCUAUAGAACCCAAUUUGGGGUGGUGUCAUAAGUGUCAGAAAUGUGUGUCAUGCCAGAACAAUACGCUGUGUGUCAGUCCUGAGAGCUUUAAUAGAAUAGAUGAACCAUAUUCUCUCUCAUAGAUGGUUAUACUACAAUAAAUGUACUAUACACCACACUUUUUCAAUGAAUCAAAUCAAUUCCAAAAAUCAAGAAAAAAUAGGGCAUUCAUAGGCAUAUUUCACUUUCAAAUUAUUAGUGUGUACUUCUGAUGAAAAACAAUCAUUAGUUUAAAUCUAUAAUAAAUAAAAUGUUUACCUUUGAAAAGUCCCAGGGACUUUGUAGUCUGAGACAUCUCCUUCAGGAGAAUAUGAAAGACCUUUUCAUUUAUUAGAGAGAAUCUGGAAGAUUAGUAAUAUGUGUACAUGUAAUAUAGAACUUCAUCUAAACUAAAGAAUAUCAACCUCUAGUCAUCAUUUAAAGGGCUUGGUCUAACUCUGGCCCAUAUACCACAUUUAAAGGGCUUGGUCUAACUCUGGCCCAUACAU